UUUGAUCGUCAUGAAAUUUAAGCACAAAUGUCACAAAAAGAAAAACAAAUAAAACCUGAAUUAGUUGAGUUUCCAUUUCAUGGAUAGAAGUGAAAUGACCAGGCAGCGCAGAGUGUGAUGUCAUCUGAUGUUGGCGUUUCACCUGGCUGGAGUAAACAGGAAGUAGAGGUUGCUAACAGGAAGUAGAAACUAACAUGUCUCCAUCUCCUCAGAAAGCCAGCACAAAAACUUUGGUUUCAAAUUUUGCCGUUUGCAUCGAGAUUUUCUAACAUUCAAAAAACUCCAAGUUCAGUCCAGUUUCUGCUCCUUCUGCAGAAAUCACUGCAUUAAUGCGGCACGGCGCGGAGGAGAUCAGACGGACCGGUUCUGUUGAGGUUCUGGAAGCUUCCAGUUGUUUCUCCUCUUCCUCCACUUCUCCAGCCUGGCUGGUUGGUUUAACCAGGUUCAGUUAGUUUCAGUCAGAACUGGAGAGUUAAUGAGAGAAAUGUUUAGAUUUACAGUAAACGUUUCCAGUAACCCUCCCUGAAUCGACCCAGAUGUAAAGUUCUGCUUCCUGCGCCAGCGCCUUUCUCUGAGGAAGCAGCUGUUUCUUCCUGGUCUCCGUUAGCAACGAUGCAUCGCUAAUAUGCGAUCAGGCAGGAUGUCAGGUUUGAUUUGUGGAAACAGCCACAGCUGAUGAACACGGAAGCAAAGCUUCAGCUUUCAUUCAAACAUCAGGAGGAAACAUGGAAACGCUGCAGCGCCAUGACGGUUCUGCACAUCUGGACCCAAAGCAGCAGCUGAAACCAGGAAGUGGCAUCAGUAGGUGGAGCAUGCUAAGGCUACCUGGGGUCAAGAGGUCAUUGUUAUCUGGAGCAUCCAGUCAGACGCGCUGCGGCUCCUGGAGGGAGACGAGUCUGCUGAGGUCACGGCUGAAAAAUGACUUAUGUUUUCAAAAGGUCUAAAAUGUUCCCACAGUGGGUGGGAUGCGUCAGGACGAGUGACUUAGCAACUUUGACCCUUUAGUGACUUUUUAUCAAAAAGACGAGCAACAAAUCUAGAAACUUUCUGUUGUUGAGACUUUCACAGCGCCGGCGCUCAGCAGCAGAGGACAGCCCUUCCACUCCGAGGCCACAUUGCUAAUCUACGCUAGCAUCGCUGCUAUUCCAGCUCCUGGCUCACCAGCACUGAGACUGACUUCGUUCAAAUUCUGCAGCUAAACAAAUUUACCAAAAUGUACAUUUUCAUAGAAACUUCAAGAUAAAACCAUAAAUGAGCAGCGAAUACAUGAGCAUGAUUAACAGCACUAAGACCCUCCUCCUGGCCCUGUUUGUGUCUGACUUGUCAGAUGACAGCAGGUCCACAGUCACCAUGGUGACACCAGAUAUGGAAAAACCUUUUCCAAGUUACAUGUUGCAGCGGCUGUAGAGUCUGAAUCGGACCCGGUGAAUCGGACCUGGUGACCCGGUGAAUCGGACCCGGUGAAUCGGACCUGGUGACCCGGUGAAUCGGACCCGAUCUACACAUUUAGAUUAUUGGUAAAAAAAGAAAAGUUGAGGAUUCGGUUCAUUUAGUUCCCUGUUCUUUUCUUUUCUUUGGAUUUUUGUUCACUUCUUCAUUAAACCUUCAUUUCACCACUUCUACCUCAGCAGCAACAAAACCGCCAAUCAUGACCAGCAGCAAGUUCUGCUUGGAAGAGUGGAUGAAGAAAAGGCGCAUCAUGCAGGCUGAAGCAGAAAGGCGCCCCCUAGCGGAGCAGCAGGGAUGUUCCUCGCUCUCUCCUCCAAUCUGCGCGCGGUGACGCUGCGUUAAAGGCUCCAGCCCAGCUUCAUCCUCCUCCUCAUCCUCAUGUUUACCCCCCGGACCCUUCUCUCCUCUCCUCUCUGUCUUCUCUUCUCUCGGUGACUCGGUUCUGUUUCUGCUCUCCGGCUGCAGCGCGCUGAUCUCGCUGAUCUCGGUGAUCGCGGCUUUUCACGGGACGUGGAGGACAGCUCUGAUUUCCGGGGACUUUCCACUCUAAGGUGACGUUUCUCCUCCAGAACCAGCCCGCUCCGCUUCCUGUUUGGCUUCUGGACCGGAGCGGGACGGAGAGAGCCGAGCCGCGCGCGCUGCCUGGUUCGGACGGGACCCGACAGGAUCGUGGGUCCAGCUGCGUGUUUCCUGUUGAUCCGCGCAGGGAAGAGACUCGAACAGGGCCAGGUGGAGGAGUUAGAGCCGCCGGUCCGAACCGAGUCGAACCCGGGCUGUGAAGGCUGAGCCGGUCCUGAAGACGGCCAGUGGAGAUGGUUCCGACCCACUGUCCGCGCUCCUGCUGCGGCUGGCGGCCGCUCUGAUCAACAUCUGCAGCGAUGUAGUCAGCCUCUUCAUCUGCGUCCUCCUCAUCCUCAGCGACCCGUCCCACCUGAAGAUGAUCCUGCUGCGCCGGUUCCGAGUCCUCAUCCUCACCGUCUUCCUGGUGGCCUGCUCCAUGCACAUCAUGGUGGACCUGCUGCCCAAGCUGGAGCGCCAGGGCGCCGGCUGCUCCUGCUCGCACGGCCCGGCCCAGGCUCCAGAGCGCGGCUGGGCCGAACCGAGUUGGCCCGACAAGCACACGCUGCGGAUCCUGCAGGACUUCAGCAGCGAGCCCGGAUCCAACGCGUCCUCCCGAGCCCUGGACCGGCUCCCUUUAGACGGGGCACCGGCCCCGGAGCCGCCGGGCCCGCGGGGCGACAGGAGCAAACUCUUCCUCCAGGGGCCGGCGGCGGCCCGGCUCGGUCCGGCCCGGGGUUCGAGGCUGGCGCUCCUGUUCGAGCAUCCCCUCUAUAGACGAUCUGUGCCGCCGCUGACGGAGGAAGACAAGCUGUUCAACGUGAACACGGACAUCAGGUUCGACCCCAAAGCGGCGGAGGACCAGGCAUGGACCGGCGAGGGCGCCGACGACGAGCUGAGCCCGACGGGCGAGCUGACGGCCGCGUCGUACCCCAACUGGCUGCGCUUCCACAUCGGGAUCAACCGCUACGAGCUUUACAGCCGGCAUAGCCCGGCGGUGGAGGCGCUGCUCAGGGACCUGCUGACCCAGAGGGUCACCAACGUGGCCAUGAAGUCUGGAGGAACGCAGCUGAAGCUCAUCAUGACCUUCCACAACUACGGCCAGGCGCUCUUCAAGCCCAUGAAACAGACCCGGGAGCAGGAAACCCCGCCUGACUUCUUCUACUUCUCUGACUUCGAGAGACACAACGCAGAGAUCGCAGCCUUUCACCUGGACAAGAUCCUGGACUUCCGCCGAGUCCCUCCAGUCGCCGGCCGGCUGCUCAACAUGACCAAAGAGAUCCGAGACCUAACCAGAGACAAGAAGCUGUGGAGAACCUUCUUCAUUUCCCCAGCCAACAACGUGUGUUUCUACGGCGAGUGCUCCUACUACUGCUCCACUGAGCACGCUCUGUGUGGGAAACCCGACCAGAUCGAGGGAUCGCUGGCCGCCUUCCUGCCGGACCUCGCUCUGGCCAAGCGCAAGACCUGGAGGAACCCCUGGAGGCGCUCCUACCACAAGCGCAAGAAGGCAGAGUGGGAGGUGGACCCAGAUUACUGCGAGGAGGUGAAGCAGACGCCGCCGUACGACAGCGGCUCGCGGCUGCUGGACGUCAUGGACAUGACGGUCUUUGACUUCCUGAUGGGAAACAUGGACCGGCACCACUACGAGACGUUUGAGAAGUUCGGAAACGAGACUUUCAUCAUCCACCUGGACAACGGCAGAGGCUUUGGGAAACACUCUCAUGAUGAGAUGUCCAUCCUGGUUCCUCUGCUGCAGUGCUGCAGGGUCAGGAAGUCCACCCACCUGCGUCUGCAGCUGCUGGCGAAGGAGGAGUACAAGCUGUCGGUACUGAUGGCCGAGUCCAUGACGCGGGACCGGCUGGACCCGAUUCUCAUCCAGCCUCACCUGGACGCCUUGGACCGCCGCCUGCGCCUGGUGCUGAAGGCGCUGUCUGACUGCAUCGACAAGGAGGGCUAUGGCUACGUGGUGGAGGACGACCUGCAGGGGGACCCGGGAGUCCGCAGCGGCCCCAGGACGAGGUAGCCAGGGGGCUGGGUCCGACCCACUCCCAGGAGAACCGACUGGACCGCGAUCUGAAGCCCAAACCGAGCCAGAACCACCGGGUUUCACCUGAACUCCUUCAACUCAACAUGUAGCUUAGAACCAACCGGGUCAGACACGGGUCGUAGGUUAGAACCGGGUCAAACCCAGAACAUGGGCUCUGGUUAUGGAGUCUGGUUCAAUUCAGAGAAUUCUGAGGGAAUCAAACUUCCAAAAUCACUUCCUUAGUGGGAGCUGCAGACUUUUACCACAGAAGAAGAGCUGGAUCGAAAUGAGGUUAUUUUGUAAAGUGUUUUUUUUAACCUGAUUUCUGCUGAUUCUGCCAUGUCAGCGUCUUAUCGUAGGGUUCUGGUGGGAGUACUGGUUUACUCCUGGAUCAUCUUCUCUCUAGGUUUUAACUUGACAGCAUAUUUAUUAAAGUUUAUAUUUAUUGUUUGCCAAAACAAAUCAGAGGAAGGGGAAGCGAAAGGAUUUCCACCAGAAUAGUGCACUUCUCUGUGUGCCCACCAGGGGGCAGCGGCAGCAUGUGCAGCAAUCCAAGCUGUUAGUUUCUCCUGGUUCUCUCUCCUCUCCAGCACUGAGUCUGUUUCCAGCAGCUGUUCAGGCCUCUUCCUGUGCAGCCGGUGAGAUUUAAACCAAAUGUGACACUAAUUCCUCUGGUUGUUUUGGUUUUAAUGUGCGUGGUGUCUGAUGUGGGGAGAUGGUUCUCCUUCCUGAGCAGCAGCUGAUCUGUUGUCUCUACUCGCCUCUGGCUGCCGUUCAUAUAUUCAGUAGGAAACUCUAGUGCCUGUGCAAUGAUAGAAAUACUUGAAUGUGUGGUUUUGCUAGCUGCGGGUUCUUUGUGUGUCUGGUUCUGCGGCCGCUCGGCGUCGGCCUCAGCAGGGUGUGUGGUUCUACAGUGAAAAAGUUUCUUUUGAUUUUCUUUCAUUCUUUUUUAUUUCCUUCUUUUUUCUUUGCAUCAUGGUAUCAGUGCAAUAAAAUGAAAUCAGCAAAAUCUUCUGCAGUUUGUGGUUUUGAUUGUACCAGAUUGACUGCUGCAGGAC